AUGGCUCGAAAUGCUGAGAAGGCAAUGACAACUUUAGCUCGAUGGAGGGCAGCCCAAGUUAGUGAUACAGGAAAAGAAAGAGAGAGGAGACCAUAUCUUGCAUCCGACUGUCAUGAUUUGCCUAAAGCUGAGAAGUGGAGAAUGCAGAUUAUUCGAGAAAUAGCCAAGAAAGUGGCUCAGAUUCAGAAUGCUGGACUUGGUGAAUUUAGGAUCCGUGAUUUGAAUGAUGAGAUAAACAAUCUUCUCCGUAAAAAGGGUCAUUGGGAGACACAGAUACGAGAACUUGGAGGCCCCGAUUAUGCUAAAGUGGGACUUCAUAUGUUGGAUCAUGUGGGCAAGGAAGUUCCUGGGAAUCGAGGUUACAAAUACUUUGGAGCAGCCAAAGAUUUGCCAGGUGUUAGAGAGCUCUUGGAGCAGGAACCACCACAACAUCCUAGAAAGACACGUGCCGAGCUCAUGAAAGAUAUUGAUGCUGACUAUGGUUAUCGAGACGACGACGAUGGCAUUCUGACACCACUUGAGCAAAAUGAUGAGAGGCAAGCAAUAGGAAAUGCGGUGGCUUGUUGGAAAUUAAAGAUGUCCCUUCAUGGAGAAGCGGAAGGCUCGGGUCAGCCACAGGAAGAGAAGGAACCGCUAACGUAG